AUGGAUCGGUACCUGCUCCUCGCGGUCUGGGGCGAGGGGAAGGCCGCGGCGGCGGCGGGCCCGGGCCGUGGGCCCGAGGCCUCGCGCGUCGAGGGCCCCGGGAGGCCGCCUGACUUAAGAGCAGCAAAUGUGUAUCAUCUCCUGAAAAGAAGCAUUAGUGCUUCAAUUAGUCCAGAAGAUAGUACUUUCCCUGCCUGUUCAGUGGGCGGUAUACCUGGUUCCAGGAAGUGGUUCUUUGCAGUUCAGGCAAUAUGUGGAUUUUAUCAGUUUUGUAGUUCACACUGGGAAGAGAUACAUUUUGGUGCAGAGAAAGAUGACAUCGAAGAUGUUCUUCAGACAAAUAUGGAAGAAUGCUUGAGUGCUGUUGAGUGUUUUGAGGAAGAAGAUAGCAAUAGCAGGGAAUCAUUAUCCUUGGCUGACCUUUAUGAAGAAUCUGCAGAAAGUUUGCAUCAGUUAUCAGACAAGCUUCCUGCUCCUGGUAGAGCAAUGAUAGAUAUAAUACUGUUGCCUUCUGACAAAGAUCCUCCAAAACUGAGAGACUGUUUGCCUACUGUAGGAGCAUUAAAACAUUUGAAGGAAUGGUAUUCAGCAAAAAUUACUAUCGCAGGAGAUCAUUGUGAAAUAAAUUAUCAGAAAAUUGCAGAAUACCUUUCUGCUAAUAUUGUAUCUUUUGAAGAUCUCAGAAAUGCUAUUGAUUCAAAGGAGCUAUGGAGGGGAAAGAUUCAGAUAUGGGAGAGGAAGUUUGGAAGUGAAAUAAGUUUUCCUGAAUUUUGUUUAAAGGGAGUCACACGGAAGAAUUUUAGUACAUCUAAUUUAAAAACUUGCUUUCUUAACAAAAAGUUAAUACCAUCAAAGGAUAAAGAUAUUUUGCCAAAGGUUUUUCAUUAUUAUGGCCCUGCUUUAGAAUUUGUGCAGAUGAUAAAAUUAUCAGAUCUACCCUCUUGCUAUAUGUCAGACAUUGAAUUUGAGUUGGGAUUGACAAGAAACAGCGCCAAGCAGAGCUCCAGGUUGCUGGUGGAGCAGAUUUCUUCCCUGUGUGGCGAGGCUGGAGCUCUUUUUGUAUUGCCGUGUACCAUUGGUCGCAUACUUGCUCCUCCUCCCAGCCAGCUCAGUUCACGAAGGUGGAAGGAGUAUAUGGCGAGAAAACCUAGGACAAUCAGUGUUCCAGAUGUUGAAGUGAAAGGAGAGAGUUCUAGCUAUUAUCUCUUGUUACGAGGUAAUGGCAAUGGAAAGUGUAAAGCCACGUUGAUUCACUCAGCCGACCAGAUCAAUGGCUCGUUUGCGCUCAGUUUAAUUCACGGAAAGCUGAAAGCAGCAACAGAAGAAACCAGAUUGAGCUCUCCUCUUGACCUCUCGUCACUCCCAAGGUUCUCCAAGGAGCAGCUUAUACAGAGAGAGAGACAGUUAGCCAGCGCUCAGGCUUCGGCUUGGAAGGAGUAUCUGCAAAGGAGAAAGUUGGCACAGCAGUGUGAGGUAAUUUCUGUGGAUGAACUCAAAAGUCUGCUAACAUGCACAAGGGAACGCUUUUUAAGUCAUUUUGAUGCUCUUAUUCCUAAAACAAGUGUAAUAAAGACAGACGAAACCUCCAAUAUGUUACAUGAUAGCAGUUCACUGGAGCUUACGUCUUCCCGCCUAGUGGAGACCAAUCCUCUGGAGUGGCCAGAAAGGCAUGUCCUUCAAAAUUUGGAAACUUGUGAAAAAGCUAAACAAAAAAUGAGAACUGGUUCAUUACCUCAUUCAUCUGAACAAUUGCUGGGCCACAAAGAGGGCCCACGGGAUUCAGUCACAUUAUUGGAUGCUAAAGAAUUGCUUAAAUUCUUUACCUCAGACGGAUUACCAAUUGGAGAUCUUCAGCCUUUACAGAUUCAAAAAGGGGAGAAGACUUUUGUCCUGACACCAGAACUUAGUCCUCGGAAACUUCGUGGUUUACCUUUUGAAGAAGCUUCAGUAUGUCAUUAUCAUGGAAUUGAGUACUGCUUGGAUGACCGGAAAGCGUUAGAGAGAGAUGGGGGAUUUUUAGAGCUGCAGUCUCGGCUUAUUCGUUAUGAAACCCAGACCACCUGCACCAGGGGGAGUUCUCCGGGGCCCGCCGUGCUCAGCCCGCUUCCCUCUCCUGCGGUUUCGUCAGAGCCCACGAGUGUCCCUGACGGAGAAGCUCUGCAAAGUGAGCUCCGGACUGACGUCUCCCGAGUGAAAAGGAGAUCAAAAGAUGUGAACUGCCUUUAUCCCCCCAAAAGCAGACUUGUGAGGUCUGGAAGUUCCGAUUCUCUUCUUUCUCAGACAAGUGGCAGCGCCCGCCAUCGCCACGCGGUCCCCUCCAGAAAGCCGCGGGCAGAGCAGCCGUUACCUGUGCCGUGUCCCUCUGCGCUGAGCAGUGAAGCUCCUGGAGCCACCGCCAAGGCCAGCUCAGGUCCAGAAGCUGCGCGCGAAUCAGAAGCAGCAAGGCCCGCGAAGGAGUCCCGAUCACAGAAGCACACUCGGAUACUGAAAGAAGUAGUUGCUGAAGCCCUGAAGAAGCACAGGAUCACGGAGGCUCACGAAUGUUUCCCUGCUUGCAGCCAGCGCCUCUUUGAGAUCUCCAAGUUCUACCUAAAGGAUCUUAAAACUUCCAGAGGUCUAUUUGAAGAAAUGAAGAAAACAACAAACAACAAUGUCGUACAGGUGAUUGAGUGGGUGUUAGAAAAAGCAAGCAAGAAAUAACACAGAAUCAUUCCCUUUGGAUGAUUGUAGAUUGGAUGGAUCUAUUAUAUACCACUUCCUUCUUUAGUUUGAAAAUUACACAUUUCAAACUUUAUU